GCUCAGCGAAAAGCGCCGAGGACUAGCCCGGACUGAGAGUCAGCACCGCGGACAGCGACACCCAGCAGCGACAGUAGCCCUUCGGCGCUCUCUCCUCCUUUCUCUCCAACACCAUCCCAGGCGCACGUCAUGGCUGUGGAAACUUACCUGCAAGGAAAGGAGAUCUCCGCAUCCCAGUUUUUUGAGAUCUGGCAUCAUUACGACUCUGACGGCAGUGGCUACUUGGAUGGCAAGGAACUGCAGAAUCUUAUCCAGGAGCUCCAGCAGGCACGGAAGAAAGCAGGCUUGGAUCUAACUCCAGAAAUGAAAAAAUUUGUGGACCAGUAUGGGAAGAGUUCUGAUGGGAAGAUAGGAAUAGUAGAGCUUGCUCAGAUCUUACCCACAGAAGAAAACUUCCUCUUGUUCUUUAGGUGCCAGCAGCUGAAAUCAUCUGAAGAUUUCAUGCAGACAUGGAGAAAAUAUGAUAGUGACCACAGUGGCUAUAUGGAUGCUGAAGAACUUAAGGGUUUCUUGAAAGACUUGCUACAGAAAGCAAAUAAACAGAUUGAUGACUCAAAGCUGACAGAAUACACAGACAUUAUGCUCCGGAUGUUUGAUGAAAACAAUGAUGGAAAGCUGGAACUGACUGAAAUGGCCAAAUUGCUCCCAGUACAGGAAAACUUUCUCCUUAAAUUUAAGGGUGUCAAAAUGAGUCAAAACGAAUUCAGUAAAGCAUUUGAAUCAUUUGACUCAGAUGGAAGUGGCUUCAUAGACGAACAGGAACUUGAUGCUUUGCUGAAAAAUCUUUGUGAAAAGAACAAAUCGGAAUUAGACAUUAACAACAUUGCAACAUACAAGAAAAGCAUCAUGGCCUUGUCUGACAAAGGAAAACUUUUCCGGAAUGAUCUCGCUCUUAUCCUCUGCGCUGGAGGAAAUUAGAGUCCAUUGAUAACUUCCAUUUAACUAGUGAUAUAUCUUUUAAAAAAAUAAUUGUGCACUAUAAGGGAAUAGGCUUUACUUUCUUUUAUAUCUUGUAAAUUUAAAACUGCAUAUAGAUAAUUAGCCAGGACAUGUGGCACAUUCUUUUCAGCUUGUUUCUAUACUGUUUGUAAUGUACAGUUUUUGUAACUAUAAGAUUGAUAAAAGAGAGCGUCUAUGUUUGGA